UUUGAUGAAACUCUUGCUAAAGUCUGCUAAUAACUGAUUUUAACAGGUCUGCUUGAACCUAUGCGAUACUCCUGCAUAGUGUGCUAGUUUUCCGACACUUGAUAAGGACGUUAUUGGCUGACUUACUACCCUGAACCGCACCAUGGCCGAGCAUGAACCCACACCCGAGGAGCUGGCAGCAAUCGCAGCAGCCAACGAAGAGAGCGAGAACGCAGUCAACUACAAAGCUCCUGCCCAGAAGAGCUUACAGGAGAUCCAGGAGCUGGACAAAGAUGAUGAGAGCCUGCGCAAGUACAAGGAGGCGCUCCUGGGUAACGCUGCUGUGGUUGUAGAUCCCAGCGCCCCCAAUGUCCAGGUGACGAAGAUGACUCUGGUAUGUGAGACGGCACCGGGCCCUCUGGUCCUUGAUCUGAAGGACCUGGAUAAGCUCAAGAAGAACCAGUUCGUGAUAAAAGAGGGAGCUGAGUACAGAGUAAAGAUCACAUUCAUGGUCAACAAAGAAAUUGUGUCAGGCCUGAAGUACAUUCAGCAAUCAUUCAGGAAAGGCGUUAAAGUUGACAAGACGGAGUACAUGGUCGGCAGCUACGGGCCCAGGCCAAAAGAGGAGUACGAGUUCCUCACGCCCAUGGAGGAGGCGCCUAAAGGCCUCUUGGUCCGCGGCACCUACAACAUCAAGUCCAAGUUCACUGAUGAUGACAAACAUGACCAUCUCUCCUGGGAAUGGAGCCUCACUAUCAAGAAAGACUGGAAAGACUGAUUCCCCCUCCCCUCCCCCUCCAUCAAGGUUUCCCUCUGCUUGAACCCCUCUUUCUUUGUCUGGCUACAUCUCUGGAAUACAUGUUGAUUUAAGCUUUUCUCCAUCUAUCCACUUCUACCCUCUUACAGUUUCGUUAUGUUUUCCUAAAUUCCAAUCACUAUCAUUCCUCCCAUCAUGACACUUCUUUUGCCUCCACCUACUGUUUCCCUUAAGUAUUAUAUUUUUACAAACGGAGAAAGCAAAUGUGCACAUUCCAGAUUUUGUGGCUAUAGUUUGUUUAUAAAAGAAAAAAAAAUUGUAAAAAAGUUAGCUGCUUUUGGAAAAGAGAUGAAAUUUGAUUUUCUGUGCCCCUUAGCUUUCUUUUCUUCCCCUUUUUCAUUCUUCCUCAUUUUGUACGAUUACCACAAUCUGCCUUGGAAAGCAUUGUACAGGAAGCAGUACUGCUGUAUGUAUGUGGCCUCUUUGCUGGACAACUCUUGGACGCAACCCUCCUAAAGCCUUUGAGCAGAUUAUUUGUACCAGGCACUUGGUAAAUAAUUUGGAAUUCAGGCCACCUCUGUUUUAGCACCCUACAGAAUCUGCUCAAAGUACAGGGGAAACAGUGACCUCUGACCCCUUGUCUCCUCUUGCUGCAGGUGUGGCUGUUCCUCUACUGAUCAGGGUAUUUUGACAGGUAUUUCAGCAGCCACAUGGCCUUACCUGUAACCCUUAGGAAUUUAUUUAAAAAAAAAAAAAAAAA